AUGUCAUUGCGAUAUUGCGCCAACGUAGCACUGGAAAGGUUGGUGAAAAGUGGAGGGGGGAAAUUGAUAUGGUGCUCCCCUACUUUGAAAAGUGGGGGACGUGUCCCCCUGUCCCCACCGAUCGACGCCCAUGACAGUAGUUGUAUCGAUGCUGUUGAUCCCAUUUUACAUACGUUCUUAAGCCAAUUGUCUUUAAACCUACUUAAAGAAUCUACUGAUCGAUGUUUUCGCGGUCACUAUUUCAAACGCUUUACAUAUCAAUGCGCACGAAUCGACCAGUACGAUUACUCCGUCAGUCAUGUCGACGCGCAAAACACAGGCACUCAACAGUUAGUAUACCAGGCAUGGAGGUGUGUUGAUCUACAGGCACAAGUGACUAGGUACAACGAAAUGAAGGUUCGAAAACUCAUCUGCUUUUUACUCGGAGCAGUUUCUGUAGAACUUAUUCACUUUAUAGCAGGGAACUGGUUCAUAGUAAGGGAUCAAACCCGCGUCAGACAACCUCGGUAAUAUUUUUUUGGUAGUUCAAUUCAAAUCAGUUAUUUAGUCUUUUUGCAUCUGUUUUAAUCUUACAAACUUUAAAAUAAAAUUCAAUAUUUUCUCAUAGUUUUAACUUGGAAUCAAUUUAUUGAUCUCCGUAGCAAAAUCAUUGAUCAUUGGUCUUA